AAAUAUACAAACAAAACACAUAUUUAUCUGACAUAUGUGCUCUCUGGCUGGUGUUGUGUGGAGAGACCGACCACCCAUUCGUUUCCUCCCCAAACUGUCCACACACAGCCCUGCCGCUUCAGAUCCCUGAAUUGACUGAUAAUGCUCGUAAUGUGGUGCACAAGAACAGCGCUCGGGAGACUGCAGAGAAUCGCCCCGUGUACCGUCACCGGAUUUAAUCGCGCGAUGUCCACGUUACCGAAAGUGUAUGUGACGCGCAAGGUGCCUCAGGACGGACUGGACAUUCUCCGCAAAUCCGGACAGGUGCAGUUUGAGAUGUGGGACUCUGAUGACCCUGUGCCCCGAGUGGAGCUGCUGAAAAAGGUCAAAGGUUGCGAAGGAAUACUGUGUGUGCUCACAGAGAAGAUUGACACACAGCUAUUGAAUGCUGCAGGUCCAAAUCUAAAAGUCGUCAGCACUAUGUCAGUGGGCUUUGAUCAUCUUUCUCUGGAUGAGCUCAAGAAACGGGGAAUCCGUGUAGGAUAUACUCCGGAUGUUCUGACUGAUUCCGUUGCUGAAUUGACAGUUGCCCUGCUGCUCGCUACCUCCAGAAGACUCAUUGAGGCCACCCAUGAGGCUAAAACAGGUGGCUGGGGAACAUGGAGAACUUUAUGGCUGUGUGAUCACGAACUAGCAAACAGCACAGUUGGCAUCUUGGGUCUGGGGAGGAUUGGUGUGGCUAUUGCUGAGCGUCUCAAGCCGUUUAAGGUGAAAAAGUUCAUCUACACAGAUGUGGCGCCGAGACCUGAGCUCGCAAAUAUGAUAGAGGCCGAAUAUGUCUCUUUAGAUGAGUUGGCCAAACAGUCUGAUUUCCUGGCCAUAUGCUGUGCUCUGACUCCAGAGACUUAUGGCAUUUGCGAUUGGAAUCUCUUCUCCAAGAUGAAGAAAAACGCCAUCUUCAUCAACACAAGCAGAGGAGGUGUGGUUAAUCAGGAGGACCUGUAUGAAGCCCUGUCCACCGGUCUGAUCGCUGGAGCCGGGCUGGACGUCACCAACCCUGAACCGCUGCCCACACACCAUCCUCUUUUCACACUCAAAAACUGCGUGAUUCUUCCCCACAUUGCCAGUGCUUCCUACACGACACGGAACUCCAUGUCUGCUCUUGCUGCCAACAACCUGCUGGCUGGACUCAGAGGAGAACCCAUGCCUAAAGAACUCAAGCUGUAGAACUGGACCACCAAAUUAAAAAUCUGUUUUUUUUUUUUUUUUUUUUUUUUUUUUUUAAUGGGACACAGAGAACAUCUGAAAAAUCUCCACACAGAUAUUUUCCAUACGAGAACAGCUCAUAGUGACCACAACUGUCCAAAGCCUUAAAAAAUGACAAAUUAACUAUUUACAUGUUAAAGCCAAUAACCAAUAAAUAGCCAGUCUAUAAUUUUGAAUUGACAAAAUAAUCUUUUUCAAUGUUACAAAUGGAUAUGCAUUUUGAGUUGUGCUAAAGAUGACUUAUAACAACGUUUUUGAUUAUUAGUGGUUUUGAACAUAAGUGUGGAUCUAUUGUGUUAAUUGAUGUCAAAGGUAAAUUAGGUGGCUUUGAAAAAAUA